AAUGGACAUUUUGUAAACAGUUAUAUUUUCUACUCUCACCAACUAUUACCCACCUAGGUACAUAAUAUAAUCAGUAAUCACUAAAGAAUGGAAUUCUCUCACAAUGGGAUUCAAGGUUCCAUACAACCAAUCGAGACCCCAGCACCAGAACCGGAAGGCGACCCUCCCAUCAGCUCGUGGCCAAAACCAGAUGAGAUAGAACCUUACCCCACGAUGAAUAUUAUAACUAGACAGAUGUGGGGAGCGACUUUGCCAACUGGUAUCAUCCGUGAAAGUAUGCCUUACGACACAAUAAUGUUGGAGAGUUACACCGACACAGACUACUGCUUCACCAGAUGGGAUUGUACUAAACGAAUGAGGCAAAUGCAGAGAAAAGACAUGGAGGAAAAAGAAUUGGACAUAAAAUACCAUUUUCUACUAGGAGAAGAUGACAACGUGUAUGAAGGUCGAGGGUUCGGUACUCAGUCUUCCCGAACACUCAAAGCCCUCAGGGACUACCCUCACAGGCUUGACAUCGCCUAUAUAGGCAAACACGACACAAAGAGGCCCAACCUUGAACUAUACUGCCUGUUGAAAAUCCUGUUACGUUAUGGCGUCAAAGAAGGCUUUAUUUCAAAAGAUUUCUCAUUAGUGGAGGUCAAAGAUGAUCUUAGAUACAAUAAAUAUAUGGUUGAUUUAAAUAUUUAUAUUCAAAUGUGGUUUUAUUGGAUAACCCAUGGCAAAUUUUCAAUCUUGAUUUUUAUAUUUUUGUAUGACUGA